AUGACGGAUGCUGUCGAGCUGGUUGACUCAGAAACUGGAAGUAAACAAAGUAUUCCUUUAUUCAAGGAUUCCUCAUCCAUGACUACUCCGAUUACAUCCCAUUCACGUCACAUUCAAACUGAACAAAUCAAAAAGAGAACGGUGUGCAUUUCCACAUCACCAAUGUGUUUGUUAAAUCAUAACAUCGGUACGGUACAGGUAACUCAGAAAGAUUCCUACACAGUUUGCGAUGAAUUGAUGACACGUGAUUUUGUUGAUGCUUUCACUGGAAUGGAUGUUGAGGAAAUAGGACAAAGGAUAUGCUACACUACUGUCGCAUCCCAAACAGAGUUCGAACAAAGUGAGCCACGAAUAAUUGAUGAUAGGGAAAUAGCGGAAUCGCUGUGGUUGAUUCCACCAAGAGAUAGGAAGGAUGUAGCAGUGGGUAACGAGGAUGACGUUAUCGAGGUACAUGAAAUACCUCCACCAGCACCGGAUGGAAUAAACCAUGAAAAGGAAAUGAUGUUAGAUAGUGAUGAUGACGAUAUGAUUUGUGUAAUAGAAGAAACACUAUCGGAUCCAGAAGAUAUUGAUUUCAAGAGUGCGAAGUCUGCGGAGCAGUUGUCGUUGGAACAACGUAUUGCAGACAAUUUAGACGUUAAAACUAGAAAUGAAGUAGCCGCAAAGGUCAAAACACCUCGAGCACUUGGUCACGCUCGUGCAGCCAUAGUUAAAAAAAUGCUCACUGAAAAAUCACAACCACUAAAUUUCAUCCGUGGUACAGCAAUAUCCAAAUCUUGGCGAUCAGCUAGUAAAAAAGGAGACCCGCUGCAGUACAUCGUUGAUCAGCAUGAAACACAGCGCAAUUCGGAUUCCUCAACACCUCAGACAACGAAAGGUGCUUUGAAAGAAAAAGUCAAUCUUAAGAGAGAUUUUGUAUCACCACAAAUGGAAUUAUCGAAGGUCCCAGAGCCGGUUCCAGCUCGAAUACCACGACCUAAAAUCAGCAAAUACAUUCCUGGAGAAACUGUACCACAAUCACCUGAUGAAGAAGCUGAAAUAGCCGAUCGACUGACCCCGUUACGUUCGGAGAUGCGUACUCUACGAACGUAUUCCAACGGAAGAGCAGUGACGUUUCCUCGAUCGGCGCAACUCCUAAAGAACGUAUCACCGAAGAUAUCUUCCCCAGCCUAUGAAAAAACUAAUAACUCAAUCGUUUUUGAAGACAGCACGAGUUCAUCUUCCGAUUCGGAAGGUUCAUAUGAUACGAAUGAGGCAAGUACAGCUGCUCAGUUUGAAUUAACACUGCAACUUAAUGAAGCGAUCGGAAUCCUUAAGAAUCACUUUCAGAAAUCGGAUCCAGUUGAAUCUUCUUUGUUGGAUUGGGCGACGAAUCAUGCCAAACAUGAAUGGUUAAAAACGGCAGCGCGGAAAACAGCAUCAGCGGUUGAAGUGGAAGGUUUCAUCGAUAUGUUGGAGGCUACAUCAGAUGCUGUUCUUAAAUUUGUUAUCAAUCUGGCGGAUCCCAAUGGGAAUACUGCUCUCCAUUAUGCAAUAUCUCAUGGUAAUUUCGAUGUUGUUAGUGUUCUGUUAGAUUCGCGAGUCUGCAAUUUAGAUCGUGCUAAUAAGGCGGGAUAUACACCGGUGAUGCUGGCAUCGCUCUGUGAUGCAUCCGAUGAAGUUGAGACUGCUAUUAUUCAUCGACUAUUUCAGUUGGGUGAUGUUAAUGCUCAAGCUGUUCAGCACGGACAGACAGCAUUGAUGCUGGCUGUUUCUCAUGGUAAAAUAAACACGACGAAGUUAUUGAUUGAUUGUCAGGCUGAUCUCAAUAUACAGGAUGAGGAAGGCUCUACAGCAUUAAUGUGUGCUGCGGAACACGGUCAUAAAGAAAUCGUGAAAUUAUUACUUCUACAGAAAGAUAUUGAUGCUUCACUUUCUGACUGUGACAGUUCAACAGCCUUAUCGAUUGCGGUAGAGAAUGGUCAUCGUGAUAUUGGUGUUCUAAUCUAUGCACAUCUGAACCAUUCGUGCAAACAAAAUCAGAAGCAGCAAAAGAUAGAAUUAACUUCGUGA